UGCAGCAUUAUUUAAGGUGUAUCCUCAUGCUUUACAUUAAUAUAGUAAUAUUACUUCAAGCAAUAGAGAUACACCCAAAUUUCCCAUUAUGCUUUAUAAACAGAGACAUUUUAGUUGAAAACACUGAGUAAAAUCUUACCACCAAGCUAUAAACCACAGGUUUGAUAGAAAGAGUCAGCACUAGCAAUUACCUGGCUGUCAGUGAAGUCUAAAGUAGUGAUAUUUAGAGGUAUAUGUACCAAUGCAGUCUUCAUUAUCCGCAUUUAUAUCAUCCCGCUGUUAAUAUCAAUCAAUAAGUGAAAUACGAGCAAAUUACAGAACUGCAAGAGUUUUGAAAUUUAUAAUUUUCCAAAAGGAGCUGGUCUCCGCCUAUAUCUCUAGAUCCUAUUACUAUAAGUACUAAAUUAUCAUUAACAGACCGGCACGGUAAGUAAGUGAUCUAUAAUAUCGACUGAAAAGAAUCAUUGAUGGUGCAUUGUGUAGAGGUAAACUUAAUUACCAAAAUACUAACCCAAUUACUAUAUAGAACAGAUGGAUUUAAACCAAAGCUGAAAUUAGAAGUUUUCCCUUUAAACUCCAUGACAAGCUUUGAUACACCUGAGACUCUGAAUAAGUCUUAAUGUAAGAUCACGGGUUAUGAUAGGUAUAUUACUACAUGGCAUGCCAUGAUUGUAUACUUGGAACCUACUGAGCCUUGCAUUUAUCUAUGUGGAACCUCACAUCUUUUAUCAGACAAUUCUCAGAACAAUAUUGAACUUCUUCUCAAGGUCAUUGAGCAAUAAAAGGCCUGUAGGAAUAGCAGUAAUCUCAUUUUCCUCAUCCCAGACUUUUUAUCUUCUCAUAUUUGAACAGAAAAUUUCCAGUUUUAUCAGAAGCUACUUCUAAAACAAGAAGAUUGGGUGUAAAAAUAUCAAUGGAAUCCAUACAAGCAGGACCCCAAUUUUCAAUACAUUUUCCUGGGAAGCUAACUCCUGUUUUCUCAUGAUUUGCAAAUGAGUCCUGGUUUUCUUUAAGUAAAUCUUCUUGACAAGACAGGGUCAUCUGUUGGAUGACCUCUUUUACAAUUUCAUCAAUAUUAUGACCUUCAGCCAACUUCCAGGGUCUGAUUUUAUUCUUUGAUAAUUUGUAUCCGUAUUCGUCAGAAUUCAAGUUAUUUAUAAUUCUCUCUAAAAGGGCAUCCAAUGUGUCUCUUGCGCUUGCAAAAAUUGAGAGAGGACGGCUAACAUUUUAUAUAUCCCUCUUUUCUUUUGUUGGAAUAACAAUAAACCUUAUUUCAUGCAAUUUAAUUAGCAAAUCUAUUUCACUAUGGAAUGACAUGAAAAAUCUUUUCACAGUAACUCCUCCAUAUUUUGAAUGAAAGAAGUUCCAAACAUCUUUUCUUACAAUUGUAUAGUCAAUAUCAAUUUUGGUUUCUUCUUUAAGAACGUAAUUGUAGUAGCUUUCUGAGUCAACAUCAUUAACAAACUGAUCUUUUGAUAUAAGCAGAGAUGCAUUCUAUCUCUUCAAUUUCUAUUGGCCUAUUUUCUUCAAAAUCUGGAAUUGCAUUGGACUCCAAUCAGUCAAAAUAGUGACAAAUUUUCCAGUGUUCAAGCCACUUUAAAUUAAGAAUGUAUCAAACACCAUCUUUAGGUAAGAUAAAGCAUCUUUUAUUACCAGACCACAACUUUUUGUAUUCUGUCACAAGUUCUCUUCAAUGGUCGAUCCAUUCAUCCGGGUUAUUUAGUUGUCGCUCAUACUCUCUGAAAUAAUGGUCAACACCAGGCUCUUUGGUUUCUUCCUUGUUGGCCUCUUCAGGUUGAGUUGAUUCCAUUU